UUUGUUCUUCUUUUUCCGAUCCGUCUCCUCUUCUCCACCUACAAACACAGAAGAAAAUAUCUGUGCGGUUGGUUUCUUCUUCCACAUAUUCAAUUCCUUGGAACAUCUUCUCAGUAUACCUUCUCCUUCUCGAGCAGCAAUAGUGAUUCGGUGAACCACAACUUAAUCUUCCCAUACUGGAGCAAAUCCAUGCAAUAUCUUCAUCUUAUUUUUGUUGAUUUCAGUUGAAAUUUAAGGGUUUGUCCAACUCCGAUCUACACCUCUUCCGCUACAACUGAAAGAAGAAUGGUUCCGCAUCAAUCAACUCAACAAUUCCUAUCCACCGUCUUAUCCCAACGAGGUCCAUCAGCUUCACAAUACACAGAAGAUUCAAAAUGGUUAAUCCGUCAACACCUGGUAUCUUUGAUCGAAUCAUAUCCAUCUCUACAACCCAAAACAGCAGUAUUUAAUCAUACAGAUGGUAGAACAGUGAAUCUGUUACAAGCACAAGGUACAAUUCCAAUGAUUUAUAUGAAUGUUACUUACAAUAUACCUAUUGUGAUUUGGUUAAUGGAAACUUAUCCUCGUCAUCCACCUUGUAUUUAUGUUAAUCCUACUCGUGAUAUGAUCAUUAAAAGACCUCAUGCUUAUGUUAAUCCCUCCGGUUUGGUCUCCACGCCCCUGUUACAGUCUUGGGUUUACCCUAGUUCUACUCUUUGUGAUGUCAUUAAAGAACUUAGUGGCCUUUUUGGUCUUGAUCCACCCUUGUUUACUCGCCAACAACAAAACCCUAAUACUGAGAGUAUGAGGAUUCAAUCCAAUUCGGGUAGACCUGCAAUUCCACCUAGGGGGGCUUAUGAUCAAUCGCCUUAUGGAGUCUCCCCUUCUCAGAAUAUGAAUCAUCGGACUGAUGAUCCAGUUGAGAUUUAUAAGAAGAAUGCUAUUAGUAAGUUGUUGGAGAGUCUACAUGGAGAUAUAGCCACAUUGAGGAAAAACAGAGAAGUUGAAAUGGAAGGACUGUUUAAUGCACAAGGUAUGUUGAGACAGAGAGAGGAACAGUUAUCAAAAGGGGUGAGAGAAAUGCAACAAGAGAAAGAAGGAUUAGAACAACAGUUACAAAUGGUUUUAAUGAAUACUGAUGUUUUGGAGGGUUGGGUAAAAGAGAAUCAAGUCAAAGUGAAAAUCAAUAAAGGGAAUUUGAAUGUUGAUCAAGUUUUUGAACCUGUUGAUGCUCUAUCGAAACAAAUGCUUGAUUGCACGGCAGCAGAUUUAGCUAUUGAAGAUGUGAUUUACUCAUUGGAUAAGGCUUUUCAAGAAGGGUCUAUAGCAUUUGAUCACUAUCUGAAGAAUGUUAGAGCUUUAUCUCGUGAGCAAUUCUUUCAUCGUGCUACAGCUUCUAAGGUUAGAGCUGCACAGAUGCAAGCUCAGGUUGCUAACAUGGCAUCUAGAGCAUCACAUUCACAAUAUGCUAUGUGAUAGCAGUUAUUUGUUGAAGAAAUGGAUUCAAGGAAGACAGAGAGUGGUUGAAUAUGAAGUUUGAAUGGUUUGUGAACCGCCAGUUACAGCAGUUGUGAGCUUUCACGAUAUCUUUGAGUUGCAGGGGAUCUACAGUUGUAUUGCUAGACAGAUAUGCCAAUUAUUACUUUUACUGUCAUGAGUUUUUGCCCCUCCAAAAACUUGUCUCGAAGAAUCUGCAGUAUCAGCGGCUUGACAUACCAUUUACAUACCUUAAUCUGAGUAGUGGCACUUACUUUUGGUUGGGAAAUCUUUGUUGAUUGAUUAUUUAAUCAAGUAUUAUACUGCAAAAAAUCAUGCCAAAGUAGGAGAUAACAUUAUAAUGGGAUCAGUUUGUGGAGUGUCCCAAUAAUAUGAAUGGCAUGAUUGAUGCUGCAAAGUAUGCAGACGCAGUGAUGUUGCUCAUUGACGCAAAAUAUGGGUUUGAAAUGGAAACAUUCGAGUUCCUUAACCUCUUACAAGUUCAUGGCAUACCAAAGGUCAUGGAGGUGCUUACAUAUCUUGAUAAGCUAAAAGAUGAAGACAGAAGUACGACAACCAAAACGCGCAGAACAUACUGCUGGAUAUAUGCAGGUGAAAUGCCUUCCCUAAAUUUUCCUUACUCCAUUUUUCAGUUAUACUGUUCAUCACACCCUUUACAAUUUACCGACAGUUAUACGCAAGGUACCAACAGGUUAAUUGGUUUCUGUUAUGCAUCCAGGUUAAAUGCCUUUUAAAAACCUAAUCUGUUUCUCUUGCACGUAGCUCUUUUUAUGUAGCCACACACAUGAACAUCAAUCCCCUUCUUAGCACUCUUCCCCAUUUUAAAACAUCUUCAGAUUAUGAUUGGUUGUUGUAAACCCAAUGGAAUUCUCUUGCCCUGCCUGUUGUAAACAUCUUCCAGGCGAGACUUGAGCAACACAGUUGGCAGAUGAGUUCUUUGAAGACCAAGAUUCCGGGGGAUGGCACAAAAUGCUCGAAUAUACACCUGCAGCCGAAUCCUGCAUUGCAACGUUUUGGGGCCCUCUUGCACCUUCCGGUUCUGGAGUUGUUGCUGUACGGAGUUUGGCUGACAACAAGGCAGCAUUUCGGAUUUUAGCAAGAGCAGUUGUACUCGAUUACCAUGAUGUGGAGAUACGGAAGCAAAUCAUGGGGACUGGAGAUUUGCACUGGAAGCAAAUCCAAGGUAAGGUUCCUCGCAUCUUCAACCUGCCAACGGCAGUCCUGGAACGUAGAGACGGUGUUUGGCAAAGCAUGGAUUCAGUCAAGAAGGCACAUGUUUUAGUGAUAUACAAGAACAAGAUAGCACCAGAGCCCAUGAGAACAAGGCUUAUAGAGUUACUUGGCGAGAAGCUCAAGGAUGGUCUGGCCAAGGCGUGGGGGAAUCCUGAACAACGGCGUGCAGUGCUCACUUUCCAAGCGAUACCUCCUACUUGGGGGGUCUAAGUUGCGUGAGGAGUGUCUGAGGGAGAGAAUGAAGCGUUUUUAUUAAAAAAAAAAGAAGACGAAUCCUCUGUCCAUGAUUUCAACUGUGUGACAGAAACAGCUGGAGAAGAGAGGGAUAGAGAGCUACUAUUCCAUGGUUAUGUUUCAGGUUUUCCUCAAGUAUUCCAUUGUAUCCAUUGCCUCAUCUACGGUUGUCUGAUGUCAUAACCACAAACUCUCAACUAUUUAGUUUUUAUUCAUCAUCUAGGGUUGUAUGAUGACUAAUUCCUAAGUUUGUUUUUUUAGUUUGUAUUAUAUAUGUAUAGCAAACUCUUCGUAGUA